AGUUUUUAUUACUUGGGACUACGAGCUUGUUGGUGCCUCUCAAGCACUUCACAUUACUACGUACGACGAACAAGUCACUUAUAUAUCCCGGUAACAUACCGUUUACAGCUAAAACAUUAAUACUUGAAAUCCACCGUGGGUUAGGUUGUCUGUCUGGGUUGGGGUGUCUGGCAAUUUAAAAGAGCCAAUACAGUCAGAUACUUCAGUAUAUUGUUGUUCUGAAAGGUUCUUGGAAUCCCCAGGUCCUCGAUCGGAACAAUAUUAUUCAUUCUCAUAUAGCUUAGCAUUGUAAACAAAUGUUUUGGUUUAGAACCGCACACGAAGGUUCGACCCGAGCCUAUCUCAAUUUAGCUAGCUUCUUGGCUCCUUGCCAUAUAAGCAAACUAAAUAUGGCAGGCAAUGGCCCAACAUAACGCUAUAAACGUCCACGGAGGAAUGAUACUCACGUGAUUAUCUGUUGGGCCUCGUUGUACCAGGUACAGGAAAUUAGAGCAGAUCUUUCUUAGGAUAAGGCAAGCUCCUUUGAGGCAAACGUCCCUCUUCCCCGCUCCAAGAGUUGAGAACAGGACAACGAAAACGGUCCUUUGGUGAAAAGAAAUUAUCUCAGGCCAAUCUGAUUUGAACGUUCCAAAUACACCGAUAGAGUUUCAUCAUGCAUCUGUGCCUUGCUUUUCUGUUUGUUGCCGCGAUUUGUCAUGGAAAACCAACUAAUAUGCGCAAGGACGACCCUGGACAAAAAGACACGGCCUUGAUAGAAGAUUCCCCUUGCAAGGGAAAUUUGUGCCCAGAAAACACGACAAAAUACAAAGCACGAUCCUGCGUCGAUCAUCUAAAGAAUGGCGCCAACCGCUGUGGCUACUACAAGAUUUAUGAUGCUGCUGGAAAUGGAUUCACUGUGUUCUGUGAUAUGGAGACUGAGCCUGGUGCAGCAUGGACUCUCGUCGUAUCUUGGAGCCUUGAAAAUAAGGAUUUCUCCAGCUUUAGGAAGACACCUCUGUCAAUUAACGAUCCGGUAAACGAAAACUCGCCCAAUUGGUUUCUUUACCGACUGACAGCUGACCAAAUGAAGUCGUUAAAAGCCGUAUCAACCCACUGGCGAGCCACGUGCAGUUUUGACAAACACGGUAUCAACCAUUACGAAGACUACGUACGUGGGCAGUUUGCGGAGGCUGAUAUUCUCGCUUUCCUCGGUUCAGGUGUCUGUCUCAAGACCGAACUUGUGAACAUCCGUGGUCACAUUGGAAUACACAAGACAGCCAGAUUUUGGCAGGUUGUCGGCACGUACUUUCUGCACAUCGACAGCGCCAGUAAGGGUUGCCAGUUUGAUCCAACCGUUAGCUCCGUGUCAAGUGAAGAUAACUUUGGGUUUUACGACCGCACAAAUCCCAAGUUUACCUGUACCACGAAUGAGGACUCCACCACUCAGUGGUGGUUUGGUGGAUAUCAAUAAUUCACUGAACUCUGCCCCUAAACGUACCCAGCAUCAGUCCUGCGUGGUUUAAUUUUCUUCCUACGUAGUUGGUUAAGAGAGAGAGAGAGAGAGAGAGAGAGAGAGAGAGAGAGAGAGAGAGAGAGAGAGAGAGAGUAGUCAAUGUGCCUUUAAUUUGCUAUCAUAAUCAUGUUAUAAGAUAAAGCAAAGUGUGAAAAAGGGAAUAGACUUUUAAACUGCCAUAGGAAACAACGAUGUGAUCUUGUGUGUAAAAAUAUAACUUGAAAUCUUCCUCUGACUGGCUGUGAAGCUUGUGAUAUCAAAUUUAUUGUUCGAAUAGUUUCCAAAAUUGUGAAAUCGUGCACAUAAGAUGGUUGGUAUCUCUGUAUAUGGUAAACUUAGGAAUAAACGAUUUGAACAGAUUGUCAUUAAUUUAGAAAGUGUCGAGUUAAUUUUACUCUUUAAAUUUCCCGCUUACGGAAAAUUAAAAUUACCAAAACGCUUUUCAGAGCGUGGAUUGGUAAAAUAUUACGUAUUGGCCUUAUGGAGUGGGUGAUUUGGCAGGUUGUUAGCGCGUACUUUCUACACACCGACAGCUCCUUUAAAGGUUGCCAGUUUGAUCCAACUGUUGGUUCCAUGUCAAGUGAAGAUAACUUUGGGUAUUACAACACAGUAAAUCCAAAAUUCACUUGUACCAUGAAUGGGGACUCCACCACUCAGUGGUGGUUCGGUGGAUAUCAAUAGUUCACGGAACAUUAGGCGUAACACCUGGCGUAUUUAAACUUGUUAGAUCAAAUCAGUAUAUGUCUACUCACGUAACUGCAGGCCAAUUAUACUGUUUAUAACAGACCUGAAAAAAUAGUGAGGACAAAGAGCAUUAUUUCUUAAUUUACCCUUCUAUCGAGGGCAAAUUUUACUUAGAGAGCGAAAUCUAUAAUGCAAAAACGCCGAAUGCCGAGAUUCUAACUUUGUGCUACUUAUGUACCGUUUAAGAGAAGGGUUGCUAGGAUACUUCAGUUUGCCGUUGCUAUUUUCAUCAUGUAAUAAGUUUAAUCCAGGGGUGAUAAAAGUAAAUAAACGUUACGACUACAGCAGA